CCGCCGUGCGCCUUCUCCUCGCCCUGCCCUAUCGGCUGGAUUGUGUCUGAGCGGAAAGCAGCCCUUCUCCUCCGAGAGGAUCGUCCCUAGCGUGGCUUUGCAUUCCCGGUCACUUUUUUGAGGUUUUCCCGGGAGCGCUUGGCAGCUUCCCGGAUUCCUGCGGGACCGGUCGCCGAGUGUGGGGGGCCCGUGUGGCGGGCGAGCCGAGAAAGCCUCCAGGCUUAGUGGAGCCUCGCUCGGAAGCAAGAACUUAUUCAACAAGUUUAACCCCCCUGCCUUUCUCUUUUCGAUGUGCGUUUUCGGACAUGCGGAGGUUACUGGAACCGUGUUGGUGGAUUUUGUUCCUGAAAAUCACCAGUUCUGUGCUCCAUUAUGUGGUGUGCUUCCCGGCAUUGACUGAAGGCUACGUGGGGACCCUGCAGGAGAGCAGACAGGGCAGCUCAGUGCAGAUCCGCAGGCGAAAGGCGUCAGGAGACCCCUAUUGGGCGUACUCUGGUGCCUAUGGUCCUGAGCACUGGGUCACAUCUAGUGUCAGCUGCGGGGGCAGCCAUCAGUCCCCUAUAGACAUUUUAGACCAUCAUGCUCGUGUUGGCGAAGAAUACCAGGAGCUUCAACUUGAUGGAUUUGACAAUGAGUCCUCUAACAAAACCUGGAUGAAAAAUACAGGGAAAACAGUUGCCAUCCUGCUGAAAGAUGAGUAUUUUGUGAGUGGUGCUGGACUGCCUGGCAGAUUCAAAGCUGAGAAGGUGGAGUUUCACUGGGGCCACAGCAAUGGUUCCGCUGGCUCAGAGCAUAGCAUCAAUGGCCGGAGGUUUCCUGUGGAGAUGCAGAUUUUCUUUUACAACCCAGACGACUUUGACAGCUUUCAAACGGCAAUUUCUGAGAACAGAAUAAUUGGAGCUAUGGCCAUAUUUUUUCAAGUCAGUCCGAGGGACAAUUCUGCACUGGAUCCUAUUAUCCACGGGUUGAAGGGCGUCGUACAUCACGAGAAGGAGACCUUUCUGGAUCCCUUCGUCCUCCGAGACCUCCUGCCUGCAUCCCUGGGGAGCUACUACAGGUACACUGGCUCCUUGACUACUCCUCCAUGUAGUGAAAUUGUGGAGUGGAUUGUCUUCCGGAGGCCUGUGCCCAUCUCCUAUCACCAG